GAUUUGUUUCCUAAUACGAGAACUUAAAAAACACGUUUUAAAGCGCAAGCGUUAUUAUCAAAAGUUAAAAACAAAAACAAAAACAAUUCUGGCGCCUCUUUCAUGGUGUGGCCGAGCGGGGGCCUCGCUGACGCAUGCGCACUGAGCGCGCUCGGAUGAAGAUGGCGGACGGGCGGUUUUGUCGUCGGACGUGAAAUUCAAAAACAACAAAAAAACGAAUUAAAAAAAAAAGAAAAUGUAAAGUUAACACCUUCAAAAACAAUUAAACAAACAAGAAAAAAAGGGGGUGGGUGAGGAACGACGCGACGGAGGGAACCGGCCGGUCAGAAACUUAAAAGAUAAUUAAAAUCUCUCUUUAUUUUUCGCUUUUUUUUUUGUUUUUCAAAACACACAAACUGGUUUUGUUGUUACUGCGAUUGGUUCUGGUUUUAACUCUGCACAGUCAUCCAGCACACAAUUAAAACACACACACACGCAUAUUAAAACUGCCGUUUAAAUGUAGCUCGGAUUAAUUAGCCAGAGAGCAGCGAUCACAAUACAGAAUAUAUCUUAUGAAAUGCGCUUGAUAUUAAAGAGUUGCACACGCAACAGGAUUUAAAAACGUCGUUGCAUUUCAAACGCUUCACUGCCGUAGCUAGCAGAGCGUAUGUUAGUUAUUAUUAUUAUUAUUAUUAUUAUUAUUAUUAUUAUUAUUAUUUAAAUAAAAUAGAAACUAGCUAACAGGUGAAUUCCAGAACCUUCCAAUCUUAUAAUACAACCAGCGGUCUUGUGCUGUACAGUUUUUCAUAGAGCUAAAAAAAAACAGAUUAACUCAAUUCUAAUAAAUAAAGUGGUGAUCUCCGUGUUUAAAAUUUAUUAACGGUUGCAAAAACGUUGCUUUUUUUUAAAUAAAAAAGUUACAUCUAAAAAAAACGCUAUCUCCAUUGAUAGAAUCGGAUUAAAGAAACAAUAUUAUAUUUAUUUAUAUAUAAAAAAAAAAAAUUCAAAAACUCCUCCGUUGAUCGAUAUUAUUAAGUUAUUGCAGUACGCGCCGCGCGUCCCCGGAACACCCCGCGAGCGCGCCGCGCGUCCCCGCCACACCCCGCGAGCGCGCCGCCGUGCCCGCCCAGCGCGACACACGGCAAAGAUGGCGGCGGGAGGCAGCAGCAGCAGCAGCAGCGCCAGCGGCGGCGGCCGCCGAGUCUCCUCAGCGGGGGGACUCGAGUCGUCCGUGGACCGCAAAUUUCAAGCGGUCUCCAACACCAUGGAGUCCAUCCAGGGGCUUUCCAGCUGGUGUAUCGAGAAUAAGAAGCACAGCGCCGUCGUCGUUCGCCACUGGAUCCGGUCCCUGAAGAGAGCCGACUCUGCCCAGCGUCUCAAUCUCUUCUACGUGGCCAACGAUGUGAUCCAGAACUGCAAGCGCAAGAACGCCAUGGUGUACCGGAGUGCCUUCGCUGAGGUGCUGCCCGGCGCCGCCCUGCUGGUCAAGGAUGCCGCGGUGCGGAAAGCCGUGGAGCGGAUUUUUACAAUCUGGGAGGAGCGGAACGUUUAUCCCGAGGAGCUCAUCGCCGAACUGAAAACGGGACUCGUCAAGAAAGAAGCUCCCGUGCCUGUCAACCCCAAAGCAGCCCUCAAGUCCAAGAUUGUUGCAGAAUUCACGCCCCAGACCUUCAUCGAUCAGCUGGCCGCCUACAAGCGCUCGGUGGACGAAGUGGACAUCAAGGAGAAGCAGCUGGCCACCAUGAGGGUGGACGUGUGCAGCACAGAGACCCUCAAACGACUGAAAGACAAGGCGGGAGGGAAGAGGUUCUCGAAGGAUUUCGAGGACGGCAGUGCGAAGCUCGAGGAGUUUGUGUCGUUCCUGGAGACUCGGGUGCGCAGCGGGCCCCCCCUGAUCGAGGCCCUGGAGAACGCAGACGUCUUCUACGAAGCGCAGUACAAGGAGGUCAAGAUCGUCGCGAACGCGUACAAGACCUUUGCAAACCGCGUGGGUAAUCUGAAGAAGAAGCUGGACCUGCUGAAAAGCAGCCUGCCGGACCCGGAGGAGUCUCCCGUCCCCUCCCCCAGCAUGGACGCACCCUCCCCCACGGGCUCCGAGUCCCCCUUCCACGACAUGGAGGAGGAGGGGGCGGGGACGACGGGGGACGUGGACGGGGUGGAGAUGGACGAGCCCUUCGGGGGGGUGACCCCCCGCUCCUCCAGUCCGGAGCCCACCGAGGACAACAGAGAUGUGGAGGACAUGGAGCUGUCUGACGACGAGGGGCCCGCACACCAGCACAUCAUAGUGGACGAGCGCAGGGAGGAGAGGCGUGACUCCGCAGUGCAGUCCGGCUCCUCUCCGACUCGCCCUCUCACCGGCACCCCCGCCAGGCAGACCCCCCUCCCGGGGAUCCCGCUCCCCAGCCUCGCCAACGUGGACCUGGGCAAGAUCAGCUCCAUUCUCAGCAGCCUCACCUCCGUCAUGAAGAGCACAGGAGCAAGCCCCGUCUCCAGACCCUCUCCCGGCACCCCCACCACCCCCACCUCCCUCCCCGGGGGCCCCAAGACCCCCGUGCACGGCCCCUCUGCCCCUGCCAACGCCAACCCCCUGGCCAGCAUCCUGUCCAAAGUGGACGUCACUGCCGAAGGCAUCCUCAGCGCCCUGUCCAAAACCCCAGGGCAGCCUGGGCCCAGCCUGCAAGGCCUUUCCUCUCUGCUUCAGGGCGUCGCUGUCGGAAAUUCUCAACCCGCCCCUCACACAACCAAGGACAGACCCCCCUCCACGACUACCCCCUCCUCCUCCUCCUCGUCAUCAUCUCUGACUCCUUCUCAGCUCCCCGCCCCUUCCAGGAGCCAGCCCGGCCACUCCUUCAGCUCCCCUGCCCACGAAGUCUCCUCCAGCUCAGCCACCAAGAGCCAGGCAGCCCCCAGCAGCAGCAGCAGCAGCAGCAGCUCCAGAAACAAGCAGCCCAGCUCCAGCUCUGCACACCGGGGUAACAAACCUGGAAAGGACGGGCCCCCAGCACGGCAGCAACAGCAGGAGCCCUCGACCUCCUCCCCUUCCCCCUCCAGCCUGGAGCUCAAAAUCCACAGGUUCCUCCAGGGGAACCCCGGAUUCAGCGCCCUGAACCUCAAUAUCCCCAUUCUGGGAGGAGGAGGGGGGGGUAGUGCAGGUGGAGAGGCUUCUGAAGCCAACGCCAGCGGCCCGGAAUUCCUGCCGAGCCAACUCUCUGAGAAUGUGGAGGGCACUCCGGUGAGGGACGAGAGAGGGGGGACCCCCACGCAGGACGAAAUGAUGGACAAGCCUUCCUCCUCCUCUGUCUCCUCUUCCUCCUCCUCCUCUCUGGGAGUAGUGGACCCCAUGUCCCUCCUGUCCAAAAUCCUGAGCCCUGGUCCCUCCUCGACCCCCAGCGCACCGUCCCCCCUCCUGGGGCGGGACGGUUACACCCCGAACCCCAAACUGCUGUCAAACUCGACCAGCAGCGGUCAGAAUAAAACCGUUAAUAAAAACGAUGACGGUAAGCUAACCAAGAGCAAAGUGGCUGCCAUUGGCGUGGCCACCACCAGCGCCUCUAAUGCAGCCUCUAUAUCUUCAACUACUCCCUACAGCCAAGGGGUGAGGCUGGAUCUCUCCCCCACUGCCUACAGGGCUCAGGCAGGCAGCUGGGGGGGGCAGCAGCCCUCCUCGUCCUCCCUGGGAGGCCUAGUCGACGCCCCUCCUGAGAAUUUCUACCCCGAUAAUGAGGAGGGGGAGGAAGAGGGGGGAUACGAAUACGGCUGUGCGGAGAAAAGGCCCCCCAAGGUUAUCACGAAGGGGGGGGCAGGAGGAGGAGGGGGGGGGAAGCAUCAGAGGCGUCCGUCCAGUGAAGGCGGGACAAGAGAGUACAAGAAUAAGAAACCUUCCACUCCGUCGUCGUCUGGGAAUCGACAGCAGAAAGACGGCGCCGGCUAUAACAACAGCAACAACAACAACGGCAGUUUCAACAGCCGCCCCAGCCCCUCCCCCUCUGGGCACGGUUACGGGUACGGGAGUGGGGGUUCAGAGGGCGCCCCCUCACCUUCCCCGAAAGCCAGCGAAGUUUUUUUCCCUCCCACCAGCGACCCUGCCGGAGCCAACCACAGCAAGCACUUCGGAGGGCUGGCGGAUUCCUCCCCCCAUUCCGGCCGACACUUGGUUUCUUCCCAGAGCGGUGGCGGUGCUGGAACGGGUCAGCCCAACUCCUUCGGCAGGGGGGGGCUGGGGAACAGAGGUGGCGGAGGCGAGAAUCCCCAGCUGAGCUCCCCUACGUCUUCGAGCUUGGAAUUCAAAAAGAUCAAUAAUAAUAAUACUACUAAUAAUCCAAAUUCAAGUUCCAGCUCGCGAAAGUCUUCCGAUAGCGAAUUCGGAGGCCAUCCGAGAGAGAGGGAUUUCCCCGCCAAGGGUCCGGAGCAGGACGAGGAACACUACAGGAUCGAGACCCGCGUCUCCUCCUCCGACCCGCUCCCCGACAGCACUGUGGGAAAGGGGGCCCCCAUCGAGACUUUGGGGUACAACAACUGCAGGAUGUCCGGCGAGAGGAUCCAGACGGUGGAGUCCAUCAGGGUGAUCGGGAAGGGGACCCUGCCUGCCGGAGAAGGGGGCGCCUGGUACGAAAGCGGGGAACCCUACAUGGAACCCCCUUCCGAUCUCUCGGGGGUACCCCCUCUCCCGCCCUCCCCCUCCUCCUCUUCCUCUUCUGCUCCUCCUCCUCCUCCUCUAAUGGCCGGGCUGCCCCAUCAGCAGCAGCAGCCCCCUCCCCACCCCGGUUUUGGGAACCAGUUCGAGGAUUGCCUCCCCCUGCAGCACUUCCAGGACACCCCCGGCGGACCCUUCUUUGGGAACUCGCACACCCUUCUCCCUCCCAUCCCCCUCCUGCCGCCCCCCCCACCGGGCACCCCCAGAGAUUUCGGGAUGCCCCCCAACCCUCCUAUGAUGCUGCUCCUGGACCCCUCAAUGCCCCCCCAGCCCGUCCCCAACAACCAGUUCCCCCCUCCCCCUCAGGACGGGGCCCCCACCCCUCUCCUCCCCCCCCUUCCCCAGCUUCUCAAACCUCCUCCUCUAAUGGGGGACCAUCCGCCCCGCCCUGGCACGGUCAAAGAGUAUUUCGGGGGGCUCCCCAGCCUCCUGCCUUCCCCCACGGAGCAGCACCCCCCCAACCUGGGGAGGGUGAGGGAGAGCCUGGGGGGCCACGGUCACCUCCUGCCCUCCGGGCCUCCGCCCGGCUCUCCCAGGGAGCAGUGCGGGGGGCUGCAGCAAGGGGGCGCCCCACAGCAACGACACCGCCUGCCGCCCCCCCUCCAGCAGCAGCACCGGAUGGACGGCGGGAUGGUGCCUCUGCUCCCCCCCCGGCCGAAACCAUUUCAACAGCAGCGGCACCCUCACCCUCUGCAAACGGGACCUUAUUUCCGCAACCCGCGCCCCGAUUUCAGGCCCCGGGAACCCCACUUCCAUCCGAGGGAGCCGUUCCGAGGAGCCAAGAGGCCCAGGCCGUCUUUCAUGGGGGUGGGAGGUGGGGGGGGGCCCUUUUACGCCCCCAAACGCCCUUUCCUUCCCCCUCGCUAUUAAAAUAAAAAAUAUAACAGAUCACAUCACAGAAUAAAAUGAUCUUGCAUCCACACCUUCCAGUUUGCCAGCUCCCCCCCCACCCCCCCGAAAAAAUAAAUGAGCCAAAUUCUUGUAACUGAGAACGGAGCGAAGCCCGAAGCAGCCUGUCUCUGCCUGCCUGCCUGCCUGCCUGUCUGUCUGGUCACUGUUCCAGCAUUGUGCUCUGCCUCCAACACAUCCAAAUCAAACACAGCUGUUACAUGAAGUGUGCUUCAGUGCUCACAGGGAAGACAAGAGGGAGAUGAGAGAGAAUUACUAAGAUGAAAAAAAAAAAAGGUGGUUAUUAUUUUUUUGUUUUGUUUUUGUUUUCCCCCUUUUGUUAUUUUCUAUAAUGAGAAAAAAAAAAAACACCAUUGCAUGGUUUGGAAACCAAAAGUACGACUGAAUUGUGAUCAGAGUACCGCAUGUACUGUUACCAUGUUUGAGUAACAGAGAAACCGUUCUAGAUUGGAAACUUCAGGUGUAAAGUAGGAAAAAAAGGGUUUUUAUAGUGGUGGAUGUGUUUGGAAGUUAUAAAGCAAACUUCAGGAAUUCAACGGACAGAUGCGUCGACUAAAAACCUUUUUAUUUCCCCCCCCCCCCCCCCCACACCCCCUCGUCUUUGAGAAUCCAGUUUCGUGUUUCUAAACAUAGAGCUGCUUGGCUGGUUUUUUGUUUUUUCUAAAAAUUGUUUAGGGGUUAAAAAGGUUUGCAAUUAUCUUGAUCCUGUCCCGUAACUACCUUGCAAAUGCAGCUCUCCCUUGAAAAAAAAUAAUAAUUCUGUAAAAAAAAAAAAAAAAAAGUUGUUGGCUCAUCCUUGUUCUGUGUGAAAGAUGAUCAUUUUAGUGUAUGUUUAGUUUUUUUUUUUUGUUCAAAAAUGAAAAUUAUAUAUUAAACAAACAAAGAAAA